AUGGAUAACCCGAAUUUCAGUGCAAGCUAUCACCGAUCCGGUAGCGAAGAAAAGCUGGUUUAUACAAAAAUGAGCGACGAAGGGGACGAGGACGAUUUCGACAACGAGGAAGAAGACGAGGAUGAUGAAGAUCUCAAAGAGGAGGAGUAUGACUUCGCACAGGUUUCUAUCCCCACCAAGCAUAUCCGCUUUGUAACUGAUGCUUCUCUGAGCUCCUGGAGUGAGCCAGAAAAACAUUGGGAGAAGACCAGUUGUUUAGGGUAAGUACUUGGCUAAAUUUUCGGCACAUGCCGAAAGUUUAGCAUUAAAAGUUGAUGUCCGCUCAAUCGCGCGCGGCCGGCCAUGCGUUUGAUUUGUCAGCAUAUCAAGCUGAGUUGUGCUUGCAAGUCAUUUCACUCUGUUCAUGACCCGGCAAAUUACAUAGCCAUUAACAUUGACGGAUUAACUUUAGAGCGCUAAACAUGAAUAAAAUUUUACUGAGUUUAGGAUUAAUUCUUUCCUCUUGUACAUACAUCCGCCUACCGGUCAUGAAAUUAUCAUAUAAAUUCCACAAUGAGUGAUCGAUACAAUAACAAAUUUUAGGGUUCUUGCACUUAGUAGUGAACAAUUGGCAUGACUGUUAUGUUUCAAGGUUGGCUAAAGCUUCAAUUAUUAUAUCAUGAGGCGAAGAGUUUUCAUCCACCAUUAAUUAUUAUCCACCAUUCGGCUUUCAGUUGGUGUCUAAUUCCAAAUAAAUUCAGAUACGUGUAAGUCGUGUGCACGUGUGCAUUCGAGAUCCUGUUCGAGAUGAUAUUGGACUUUUCUUUGCUCAAAUUUACGUCACACAAAGCACUUUUUAAAACAAAUAUUGGAUAUUGUUUCCCACACAUUAAAAGUUUGAAAAACUUGGGCCACUUUUAAAUGUCAUUCUACUGCUUUGUAAAUCGGGCUCUCUGUAACUCAACGCCAGCGCUACAAUGGCACAAAACAGUGCCCAAUCCAGACCUCGAGAUAAGGGGGGACCCGGUCAUCCAAACACCCUUAGAUAAGGGGGGGGGGUGUGUCUCCAAAAAAUUUUUUUUGGCCCUUCAGGCCUAAGUUUGGUCUUAAAAUAAGGGUGGGGGAGGGGGGGGGGCGGGCCCCUUCCCUGGAUCAACCACUGCAAAAGCACAACUUGGUUUCAGAUCUUGAUUUUUUUUUGUCAGUCAAAUUAAACAGCUUUUGUCAAAAAUAACAUACACGGCAUUUGACACGAAGGCUGUUUAGUGAAAGCUUCUGCACGUAAAGGCAAUGUGAGCAAAAUGAUUGACUUUUGCGAAAGUGCUGUCAAUUCACUAAAGCCCAAGACUGCCCCACAUAUAUGAUUAGUGGCAGAGACCACUGGCCAGCGUUGUCUCAUGUUUAACCUCGUCUAACAUUCAUGAAACUCACCAAUCACAGAGAUGCCUUUUUUGGACCACCACUGCCCCCCAUCCCCCUCCCUGAUACACACAAUUUAACCCAGUCUUGGCAUUUUUUUUUCUCUUUACCUUCCUUUUGUGUGACUUGCACUGUGCAGUUACAUGUAUGUACAAAAACCCACCAGGGCAGUGAGCAUCCAUAAUAAUGCCCAGCGUGCAGGCUGCCAGCAAAUUUCUCUAACAGACAGUAAAAUUGUUGGAACAGGUGACUGACAGCCCACGUCAUAGACAUAAUCUAACCCUGGUUAGUAGUGUCUGAGAAGCACUCUCAUUAUCCUUGUUCCGGGGGCCUAAUGGACUCAACAAGUUACCGGAAAUGAGUGUUGAAUAUCCCUUUAACCUGCUUGGGAAAUCAGCAAUGGCUUUUAUAACAGGCCAAUCAUGGUGCAUUUGUCUCAAAUCCUGGUACACACAAUCGGCCACAAAUUUGUUUAGACAUUGUACUCAAAUAGGGUAACUAUAGAGAGCUAAAGAAUCCACAGCCCUCUGCUGUCCCCUCCAUUCAAAGUUGGGUUGUUUGUUGUUUUCUAUAGGUAGCACCAACAGCUGCACAACAUUGCCUGGAGGGGGUGGGGGAGGCUAUAUUUUCCUCUUUUGAAGUCAAUAAAACAUCAAAAAGCCCCUUUAGGGCGAAGUGUCUCAACGCAUUUUGUUGCCGAUUGCAGGUGGGGGCCCAGGCUAGUGACUCCUGGCAGUUCUAUGAGCAAGGCCCAGAGGGCUGAGCUUCUAAGGGAUCUGGGGGUAUGCUCCUGUGGAAUAUUUUGAAAUUUUACUCUUUGUGAGAUUCAAACUCCUGCAAUGUCGGGCCAUGAUACUUGUUCAGACCAUUACCUUUUUAUGCUUGAACCCAAAAUGACUAAUUUAUUGACUGCAAGAUGUACUUUGUAAUUUACUAAAAAAACAAUCUCCCUUCAAGAAACAUGCUUGUGUCCCCCAUUUACUUAACACUGUAACAGGAUGGAUUCAUUCAUUGUAAGAAAUUGUCUCCGGUAGCUUAUUUAACUUAAAUUACGUAAUAGACAAAACUAAGAUUAUGUUGAGGUCCAACUGAGAACAUUUACAAAGCCUUAUUCAAAGAACCAAUUUGCAGUUAACUAGUGGUGUAGCAAUAAUUAUUAUGACCGUUCCAUUCGAUUCACAAUUCUUUGAUUCCACAUUUCGAUUUUGGUUCGAUUUUUGCACACCUUUUCUAGGAUGCCUUCAGUGAGUUAUUAUAAUUAUUGUAAAAUCAGAAUCCAGAACUCUUUAAAAUGUGCAUUUUUUGAUUGAGGAGCAAAGACGAUAGCAGUUCGUGCACCGUUUUGUGUUACCUGGUAAAAAUGCUGUCCUUCAACCACCCCUUGAGAAUUUCCAAAAUAAUAAGGUAAACCACGUGCAACACGCUCUUUGUCAGGUUCUCAAACAUGGUGAUGAACAAAGCGACUGUUAAUCCUCCUGUCCCUGUUACUAUUCUCAAAUUUAGGGUUUAGGGUUGCAUGUUGUUAACUUUACGCAUUAUGUUAUAAGAGUUACGAAACAUUUACAUAAUCAUAUCGAAAUAAUCGAAAUCGAAAGGCAAUAAUCGAAAUCGAAUUGAAUCGCAAGGAAUAUGAAUCGUUACACCCCUACAGUUAACCAUAAUUCCUUAAAUUGUAAAAUUUUGUAUAUAUGGCAGAUAAAGAAUGAAUGAAUGAAUAAUGAAUUGAGUGGUGAAUAUGGUCCUUUUAACAUCACAUGUAUUGUAUAUAUUUGUAGUGUGAACAGGGGGUGAUCUUAUAACUCAUAGCCAGCACAAUUCUGUUGGUUGCCAGCUUCUUUUGGGAACCCUACCACUAGCUAAGGUGCUGCUUGAGCACAUCUCUGAUUGAGCCUCUGCAGUAAAUCUGUGAGCCUUAUAUUCUGACCUAUUCUGACCUAUUGAAACAGCUCACUUGAGCGUUGGAUUUUGUGUACUCUGUGGCAGGAGAAAUAAUACACAGUGUUGUUUAAAUUUGACAGGAAAUUUAGAGAAAAUGUUAGGAAAAUUGUGGAGCAUUUCUUUUUCAGGUGAGGGAAUUAAAUUAGUUGUCUUCACCUGUUUGCUUUGAAGAAGUAAAAAAAUUAAGAACUUAAAGCAGUUCAAAUGAUAACAUGAGCAAAUCAAGCUACAAGUGUAACCCUUACAACAACUUAUUAACUUCUUCGGUGCAUUAUUUUGUUUCAGAUUAUUUAGUCUGCUGUUAGUUCUGGUGGACAUUAUUAUUGUUAUAGUAGACUUGGCAACUGCAGGAGGAUCAGAAAAGGUAACAUUGGAAUGUACAUGUAUUUAAACUUGCUGUCAAUUGGAAGGGUGUAUCAAAUAAAGCCUUAUUUCUCUCUUUAGUUCACAAGAAAAUUCAAGAUGAUUUAUGACAGGAAUCAAGGAGUUUAUCAGAAAUCACAUCCCUACAAUAGUAGUAAUAAUAUUAGUUGUAAUGAUAGUAAUAAUAACAGUGAUAAUGAUGAUGAUGAUGAUGUUGAGACAAGCGUUAAUGGACCAGCAUUAAUGUUGAGGUCUUUGUUGCAGAGUCUGGAGAUUAUUUCUGUGAUAAUAGUAACAUAUUUCCUGAUGGAACUUCUGCUGAGAAUGUAUGCAUUAGGGUAAGUGAAUCAUCUACAGUGGAACCCCGAUAUAACGAUAUGCCAAGGGAGCAGAGGAAUUAGAUCGUUAUAUCGAGGUAUCGUUAUAUCGGGGUAAAAUGAACAUGUACUUUUUUUACUACAUAUUGUUUAAUUAAACUUGUAAUGAGUAUCAAAUGACUAACAAAUGUAGCGUUUCAAGCACGCAGCAAUGUCCUUAGACAAGGUUACACAACAAAGUCUGUGGUAUGAAUCGUAAAAGGGAAACAAAACAAAACUUAAACAUUUGAAGUUGCGACUGUAAUCGUUUUUACUUUUCGCUGUUUGCUUGUUCAUUGUUUUUCUUUUUUAACAGACACUUGUUCAUUAAUUAAAGUACUCUUCAAGUUUGGUUUGCCUCAAUUGUUUUAUUUGCAAUCUUGAAAACGCAUCCUCCAUCGCUGAAAGAGAGGAAAGGAAUUCUCUCUCUCGUCCGCCCGAAUCAUCCAACGUAAUAAUAAAAUCUCUAAUUGCUUACUUUUUGUCACAAGAAGGAGUCAAAAAUACUAAAACUGAAAGAACUAUUAAAUAACAAGGAGGAUAAAGAGGCAUCGUAAACUGAAAGCUGUUGACAGAAACGUUACAGAUUACUGUACUCGAUUACUGUAAUGUUAUUGUAUUAAAUUCAAUGUUUGGUUUAAAUUGUAUUUGUGUACUGAUACUGUAAUAUCGUUAUAUCGGGGAAAAUUUUACGCUCGGUGCACUAAAAACUCAUCGUGAUAUCGGGAACAUCGUUAUAUCCAAGAUCGUUAUAUUGGUGUUCUGUCCCAUACAUUUUACUGUAACUUUUGCCAGGACAUAGCAUAUUUAUCGUUAUACCGGGGAUAUCGUUAUAUCGAGGAUCGUUGUAUUGGGGUUCCACUGUAAUUUGAUAAUGGUUUCAAUCGAAGAGUACAGUGCCAUCAUUCUGUAUCAAGUGUGAUAAGGUACCAUAAACAGCUGUAUAUAAGCCCCCCCCAAAAAAUUAAAAGUCCCCAAGUCAUAGGUCUAUCUGCCUGUAAACAAAAAAUACAUCCGAUUAUAAGCCUCCCCUCCCCCCCGGAUAUAAUCCCCCCUCCAAAUUUAUUGAAGUUAAUUCAGUUUAUUAUGAUGUUUUGAAGUUCAAUUAGAAAUCGGUACAAUUAGCCCCCCUAAAACCCCUUACAGAGAUGUACAAGCCCUGGGCUUUUAAGUGGCAGCUUACAGUAAACAGUCUAGGGAAAUAAAAGGCAAGAGUCAUCAAGUGUAGUCAUCAAGUGUCUUGUUGCAAAACUGUAAACAAAGCAUGGCUUGCUUACUAGCAUUUUUACUGUUGUUUUUAUCCUUUUGGUUGUUGCAGAACAUCAUUCUUUCAUAGAUGGCUGGAGAUCUUAGACAUGAUUGUAGUCAUUCUCUCAUUUAUUCUCACACUCGUCUUCUCCUGGUUGACCUUACAGGAACAUGGUUAUGCCAAGUAAGUACUGCAGCUUAAAGAAGAAACAGUCUUAAGUACUAAGAACAAUUCCCCCAUAACUUAACAUUGUUAUUCUGCUUAUCCCUUUUUGUGCCUGUUAGCAUUUUACUUUAAGAUGAGACCUUUGAGGAUUAUUGACACACAUGUAAACAUUUAAUAGAAUUGAGAAAAAGUUAUUUUUUACAAAAAAAUUUACAUAAAAAAAUAAUCAAAUAUCAAAAGAGCCUCUUCAUUUUAUGUGGAGGAAACAGGUAUAUUUAAAGGUCAAAAAUACACAGAAUGUACAGUAAAAGUACCUAUUUUAUUUAAAAGUAUUAUUUUUAAUCCAGAAAUGUCAAGAUAGUCACAGGUUUCUGGCAGAAUUUGUGACGAAGUCAGCCAAUAUCAUUAUUCUCCAAUCCAUCUGUUUAGACUUGUAGUUGCUGCUCGUUUUGUGCGUGUGCUGCUGUUUAUAAGGAUUGUUACUGGGAAAGAUCAGCUAGAAAGAGCAACAAGAAGAAUGGUGAGUAAGUCAGAAGUUGGAAAUGUUUGAAACUGAAAAAAUGUUUCCAAACCACUGAUAGAGCUGAACAGGCUUAAGGCUGUGUGCAAAUGGACGCAACAACUCCCACCAUUGUUGCGCCAACAAUGUUGGGAGUUGUUGCGUACGUGUUGGCAGUGGUGUGCAAACGGAUGCAACAACUCCAACCAUGUUGGGACCUGCAGUGCAUCGUGGGAAGGAUACAACCCAUAAGUCUUUGUAAACCAUGCAUAAUGAGCAUGUGUGGCCCCAACAAUGUUGGAAGAGGUGUGCAAACGGAUCCAACAUUGUUGCGCUAUGCUUCGGCGAUCACAGAACAAAAGAAAUGUAGGGAGUUGUUAACUGAAAAGUUUGACUGGUUUCAAACUUUGCGCAACAAGACGCAGCAACAUGCAACAGGUUGUGAAAAUGGACGCAACAUGUAACAUCCAUCAAUUUUGGGAGUUGUUGGCCAACAAUGUUGCGUCUGUUUGCACGGGCUUAAGUAACUUAAAUGAUCACUGAAAAACUUGGGAAUAGUUUAGGAAAGACAAAUCAGUGACUGCAGUUGACAGUGGGUAGACUAUAGGACUUUGUGCCAGUUAUACUGCCAUAGACAUUGAUCAGGACUCUUCUGGUUUAGCUGUCUUUCUGGUAGUUUAAAAUGUCAAUCAACUGACUAAUCAGUAAUCCUAAUUUGACGCGCUGUCAUUGGAAUACCAAAAAAACAGUUGUUAAUAGGUAGAUCUUCCCAAGGUCUCUCUGAGGCACAAUGAGUGAACUUGAAAAAUAAUUAGAAUUUUAGAUUGUUCUUUGGCCAAGCAGCACCCAAAUUUUGACUGCAAGUGUAAGUUUAUUUUUCAGUUUCAAAAUGAAUUGCUUGGGUCUUCACCCAUCAACAAAGUGAACUUGAAAGGUUACUUGCCUGACACAAAAGUCUACUUGUCACGGAUCAGAAGUCUGUAUGGGACUUUUUUUUGACACCCUGAGUUGAGGCAAACUAUCUUACUAGUCUAUGCAUUGUGUUUAUGAGACUUGGGAAUGUAUCCUGAUGCUCUCAUUGUCUCAUUUGGAAGUGAGAUGGAGCAGUGGGGUGCAAUUUAUAGAAGUACAAUAAAAAUUGUAAUUCCUGGUGGGAAGUUGGAAACUUCACGUAAAAAUAAGUAAAUAUAAUGUUCAAAGUAUAAUGGAAAGAAAUAGUUUGUUUCUUUUGUUGUGGCUUGUAGAUAUCACAAAACAAGAGGAGAUACCAAAAGGAUGGUUUUGAUCUAGAUCUUACAUAUAUCACAGGUAGUGUUUUUUUUUUGAGAAAAUAAUGGAUGUUUGCUGGUUAUAAGCAAAAACAAAGAUUGGAUUGAUGAUUUAUUUGGAAGUACAGUGGAACCUCGUUAAUAUGGUCACUAAUGGGCCAAAAAAAGUUAGCCGUAUUAACGGGUGAUUGUAUUAAUGAGGGUUUUUUUUACAAGAAAAUGUACGGCCGUUUUGCCAGGCGGCCUAAAAAGGGGCCAAAUAAUGAAGUGACCAUACUGCUGUAUUACCGCGGUGGCCAUAAGGCGGGGUUUCACUGUAUUUGAUGGGCUUUAAGCAUAUGGCAAUAACUUUUCAUAUAUAUUUUCUGUUUCUUUGUUUGAUUGUUUGUUUCUUACAGAGAAAGUUAUUGCUAUGUCAUUUCCAUCCUCUGGGAAGCACAAGAUGUAUCGAAAUCCAAUUUCUGUGAGUUUGUCAAGAAUGUAACGUACUUGCAAGCACUUGAGAAGUGCUCAAUGAGCUAACCAAAGGCUAAUUUGUUUUAUUUUGUAGCUGUUUAAGUUUACUUUAAUCCCUUGAUUUUUGCUCAAUAAUAUUUAUUUUAUUUAUUCUGAUAACGAUUAUCAAUACCAAAAAAUGUAGGCAAGGCUUAAACCACAACUCACAUACGUUAAUUUUGAUAUCCUUCAAAAUUUGCACAUGGUACAUGAUGUAACUUCCAUUUUAUUAUACCCCGCCCGGUCCUGUGAAAAAUUCUUAGACUAUUCGCUAUGUAAUGUCUGUACUUUAGAGCAUACUUAAUAAUACAACUGCUAAUUCAGGUUCAAAGGAUUUUAACUUGGUAGAGUAAAAAGUAGUAUUCAUUCAAUCAACAGGAAGUUGUGCGGUUCCUAGACACCAAACAUGAAAACCACUACAAAGUGUAUAAUUUAUGUAGUAAGUUAAACUAUCUUCUGCUUUCUGAUCUUCAAGUUGAGUUUCAAGUAUUAAUGCAGCUUUUGUUCUGAAGUAGCCAAUCAACCUUAAUGUCUUGUGUUAAUGUUACCCAUAUUUGAAAAAUUCAUGAUCUUCUGCUGUGGUGGGAAAUUUCUCCCUUUCUUUAAGUGGCCAUGAAAGGACAACCCACACCGCACCUGUUAUAAACGUCACAGUUUGGAGGGAUUCCCUGUACAGGCAGUAUCUUGGAACUCCAGUUUUGAGUAUUAUUUUACUCAGUUCCUUGUACCUCUACCAGUCCUUGUUAUGACUAUUUUAAUACAUGCAUGAAGAUUUCCCUUACCCUUUAUGUUCGGAGAUUCCUAUUUUAAAAGUCAAGUCCCCUGCUUUCUGGAGAGUGAAGAAUCAGUUCCUCUAACCCAGGCAGGGGAGCACAGGGAAUACCUUGCUCUGAAGGAGAAGGGCAGGGAAAAUCUCCCAAACAUUUUUAGUCCCAACAAGUGACCUCUUACAGAUUACAAGAACAGAGCAAUGAUUGCUCUGUUCUUGUAAUCUGUAAGAGGUCACUUGUUGGGACUAAAAAUGUCAGGGAGAUUUUCCCUGCCCUUUUUUAGUACGGGAAUCCCCUAAUAGGGGAUUCCCUGGUCCUCCACUUUAGUGGAAUUACUCUUUUUCUGGAACCUGUACAAGUCCAUUUAUGACCUUGUUUCGUAGAUUUGCCCAUUAAGGCCUUUCUGCUAAGCUAUUACCCUACUACUGAUCCAUGUUAUAAGAAUUACACCUUUGUGGAAUGUUGCCCUGUCCUGUUUGUCCGCAAGAAGUACCUGUCAUUACCAUGUUAGGGGAAUCCCCUGGUCUUCCCUGUUAGGCUAACUUGUCUGGUUACCUAAUAUUUCCCAAAGGAUAACCCACAUGUCUACAAAAGUAAUGCCCUUGCUAUGAUUGUUCCUCUCAAUACAAUAUUUUAUUAUUGUAUUAAUUGAUGUUCAGGUGAGAGAAGCUAUGAGCCAUCUAUGUUUCAUAACAGAGUGGAGAGAAUUCCUAUUGAUGACCAUAACGUCCCUAGACUAAGGUUAGAAUCUGAUGAGGAAAGCACAGGAGAGAGAGUUUUUCUCUCUUCUCCCUUUUCAUCACCCCUGCUCCCGUCAUGCAUGUUAUGCAAGAAGACGACUGGGGAUAAGUCAGGGUUGGAAUAACAUUAUUGCUAUGUUUUAUGCAGUUUUUACUUCAAACUUAAAAGUGACAUUGAAUGAUAAGAUUAUUGUGACAAGGUCAAUCAAAACCCUUUUUAAAACCUAAUUGGCAGAUUUUUCCUUCACAAAAUGUAACCUCCACAUCCCAAAAAGUUAACUCUAAAUUUUCACUAUUGAAGAUACCUGUAAAUUAAAUUAAAAUUGUCACGUUAGGUUGUUGUUUAGUUCUGUCAUCAUCUAAUGAGAAGAGUAGCUGAAAGUCAUUUGAUAAUUUUUUAAUGUUUCCUUUCCAGCCAGUUAUUGUAUUUUACUCACAAUGUGAGAGAAUGGCUUGAUAGAGAUCCAAAGAAUGUCAUUGCGGUACAUUGUAAGGGAGGAAAAGGUGAUUAAUUAUAGUAGCAUUCUCUGCCAUCAUAUUUCAAUGACUCGGUACAUUAAAUUGUGUAUUGUAUUAUUACAUGUACUUUCCGUUAAAGGAGUUUAAAAAGUAUCCCGCUAGUUAACAAUGGCAGUUGUUGUCCAGAACAAACUUAGAUUUUUCCACCUGGCAAUUACAUUAUACGUUUCCAUUCCUGCUUACCCAGCAGACGAGGGUAUCCAGGCAAGGUAGCUUCUAACUAAAAUCAUAUCCUAAGACAAGAUUGUUUAAAUUGAAUUGUGUGUUUGUUGACACUCCUUUGCUGGAUUCUAGCUUUUUUUAAGUACCAAGUUUUUUCAUUAUGCUUUAUUUCUGGCCAGGGAAAUGAGUUGCCUGUAGCAAUCAGAUUAAUUUGCAUUUACAAAUUUGGUGUUCACUGUACUGAAAAAGUAUUCUUAUUUUAGGUAGAACAGGCACUGCAAUAUGUUCGUGGCUUAUUGCCAAUGGACAGUUUGAACAAGCUCAGGUAUUAUUGAGUUCUGUAGGUUUUUUUGUCUCUCUCUUUUUUUGGAUACUAUAUAAACAUUAUUUCCUUGAAAAAGGUUUACUUUUGAGUGGUGGAAACCUGUAUUUUUUUUAAUCUACAAUUCAUAAUUUAUAAUAUUUGUAGUUGUUAUCUCUUUGAGUUUUGUUUAUCUUUGUCAGUACUGUUAUCACCUUUUAUCACUGUUAUUGCCUGGAGCUCCAACCUAGUUCUAUCAGGGGGAAUAUCUCAUGAAAAUGUUUGGUUUUCCAUCCUUUGACCACAAUUAUUUUAGAAUUAAUUUAUUGAUCAUCGGUGACUACAGUAUUUCAAUAUUGUCUUGGCAUUUCAUUCCUCUAGCAUAGCUUGGAAUAUUUUGGACACAGAAGAACAGAUUACUCAGUUGGGAAUCAGUACCAAGGAGUGCAAACACCCAGCCAGGUUUGUUUGUACUGGGUCAGCAAUGUUAUAACCAUUUUUCAGUUGUCAGCAGUGGAGUUUCUCACACUGCAUUUUUCAUGAAACUGUUCAGGCCAAAAUUAGCCCUUCAGUUUUUUUUGGUUUCCAUUAAAUUACUUAUUGAGUUGUAUUUUAACUGUUAUUUCUCCAUCCAGAGCCGUUUUGUAGGCUACCUUGAGCGAGUUUUCACCAAGUUAAAUGGCCGUCUCCCCCCAUCAAUAUCUUACCGCAUUAAAAACAUCAAGAUAGAUGGAAUAUCUGGUACGUAGACUACCUGUACAUUCUUUACAGUUAACAAGAAAGUUUUCUUUAAGACUUCAAUACAGUAAUGAUAAAACACAAGGAAUGUGCGAAAAGUUUUUGGUUUAUCUUCUCUGAAACUUCACUUAAAGGGUAUUUUCAUUUAAUUCUUCUCUUCAGGUCUUGGUGAUAGCAAUGGAAAUGACAUUUCAUUUGAGAUAAUCAUUAAUGGUAUUACUGUUUUUAAAAUGGAGCUUGCAAGUUCACGUGAUGGACAGGUAAGUAGCACAUAAUUACUCAGUCAAAUAAUAAUGUAUAAGAUUAAAAUUUCCCUUGAAUGGUAAUUCUGUUCCCGAUUGGUGUUUUACAAUCCUGUUGCCUUUCACGUGAGCACAAUUUUUAGGUGCUCCUUCAUAUUUGAGUAUAGUUCUUGUCGGAAGGACAAGUGGACAGGAAAAUUGUGUCUUACUCUGUUGGGGGACCUUGGUUCCCAAUGUAAUGGGAAUUUGCAGAUCCUUCAUGUCAGGAGAAUCCCCUGGUCCUGUUAGUGAAGGGAAUUUUCUGGUUCCACUUGUCUGGGAAAUUACAGUAAGAUACAUAUAGUGGCCUGUCUUUAAUAUAAUGUGUAAAGAUAUUAAAAGAAUGAUAAUUUGUUGACUGACUGUGGGCAUGCCUUAUUUAAUAUCAGGGGCAAAUCCAGAAAAUUCAGAAAGGGGUGGCUGGGCCCCUUUUCCACUUGUCAGCUAUACAAGUACUUUUUAUUUUUCUUAAAAUUCUGUAAAAAUACUACAGAAUUUCAAAGAAAAAGGGGUGGCCGGGGCCCCUUUGGCCCACCCCUAAAUCCGCUCUUGGAUAUGCUCACAUUUGCAUGAUAGAAUAGAUGUGACAUUAUAAAUUGUAAGUUUCAAAAUAGUGGAGGUGGACUGUACUGUGAUAUAGUACUUAGUGGAUGUAUUUGUAAUGAUAUGUUUUGAAUGCUAAUACUUGGAACCUUUUUCACAGAUACAACAUCUAAAAGAACUCGACAAACUUGUUAUCAUUCUUUAUGAGGCAGAAUCCCCUACUCUCACAGGAGACAUUAAAAUGAAGUUUUAUUCAUCCAAUCCGGUAAGAUGGCCUGGUGUAACCCUCAACUUGAUUUAUGUUUUCAAUGAGUUGUUGUUGGUUGGAACUUGCUUUUUUUCCAGACCAUUUUCACAACAUAUCGUGUAUUCCUCCCUCUACAAAAAUAUCUGUUGCUUAACCGGUUUAAUGAAAUGGUUUAACUACACGAUAUUCUUGGUUUUGAUUAUGUAGAAUGUUCCAUGUGGAUAUGACAAGUGUGCCUUCUUCUUUUGGUUCCAUACAAGUUUUGUUGAGAAUAACAGGUAGGACUAAUUCAGCUGAAAGUAGACAAACGGCGCUGCUCAGAAUAUAAAAAUAAUACUGUUAGUGCAAAAGUUAUGUUGAAGCAAUUUACGUCUCUUUAAUCUUGAAAUAACAUUUUUGUAAUAUAUUGAAUUUCUGUAUCUAAAUGACUUGUAUUGUUUCUGUAGGAAAUAAAUAAACUGAAACUGAACCCCCCUCCUCAUCCCCCUCCCACUUUCUUUUUCUUUUUUAUCCCCAAAGGUUCUUUGUGUUUAGAUGCUUAAGAAUGGAAGUGACUGCCUUGUAGACUAGAUCUAAUGGAAUUAUUUAAACUGUUUCUUGUGUUGAUUUAAGUCAUUGAUAAUACGCAAUAGCAUUAUUAAUGAAAAAAUUAGGAAGUUGUAUUUUAUAAAAAAUAUUGUAUAUACAUUUUUUUUUGUUCUCAAGAAGUUGAAUUUUUGCAGGUUGUUUCUUCGUCGCGGCGAGUUGGAUAAUCCCCACAAACCCAAAACAUGGAAGACAUACCAGGAAAAUUUUGGUGUAGAUAUUACAUUUGCAAGACUUUGA